UUCCGACACAGUUGACAGCUUCAGCUCCAAAGCCCGAAGAUGAAGAUGAAUGGGAGUACGAGUAUUCUACUACUGAGAUGGAGACAUACUACGUGACUCUCGAUCUCACCAACCCAGCUCACCCGCCGAGGCGUAAGCCUGCCCCGAAGCUGGGACACGCAAGCACAAGGGUGCGGUGGAUCAAUCCUGUGUCAUUAAUGAAGGAUGAGGACGAGAGAGGACCGAAUGUACAGGUUAGGAAGUCAAGGUUUGGAGGAUAAGGGAUAUGAGUACGAACAUGGAGACGACGAAGACGAUGACGACCUAUCCGAUCCAGUUAACGAAGGGGGGGACCGGGCAGGGCCGGGCAAUGACGGUAUCGAGGCUAUGGAAGUCGAGCGAGAAAGAGGAGAGCCAGAGGUCGAUGAUCUGGAAGCGGCUGGCUUUCGACUAGACCCAGAAGACGUUAUAUCUGACGCCGACGAGGAAGAAAAGAACGACGAGAAGGAGUUCAACAAGGUCCAAAUCUGUGAAUUACACUCCCAGAGACCUUUUGUCCUAUUCCGAGGCAAGUACUAUGACUGCCAAUGGGCCUCAAAUAUUGGCACAGAGAUGCUCUUCACGAAGCACGACCCAGACGAUCUUAAUCCUCUUCCCAGCCUGCGCACCCUCCAAGGGGAUGUUGACCUCCUGGCUGCCUCUUCCGCACGCAUCAUGUCCAAGGAAGUCAACCUAGUCCCCAAGGUUCAAGAAUCGCAGAAGAUUCGCCAUCCUGGCCUGAAAGCGAAAGAUCUCGCAAUCGAAGUAGGUCAAGGAGCCGGAAGAGAGCGCAAAGAGCAGGCGAAAUUCCUAGAAGAACUCAUCAACACGAAGCUGGGGAUGGGAGAGCUCGAUGCAGUGACAGUGGACGCGAUAGGAAGAAAGUCGAUCUGGAGAUGGAAAGAGUACUUCAAGCAGGAAACCGAGAGCCUGAAGAAGGGAGGGAAGGAUGCUGCAGAGGCGGCGACGAAGCUGCGGGCACUUGAGGAAGAGGUUAAGCGGAGAGAGGCGAGUAAGGGCGGCCAGAAGAGGAAGGGGGUUCCGGGUGGUGCGCCAAAGCCGCAAAGGGGGAGAUCUGCGCUCGGGAAAUUGCGUGAGCCGACUCCUGCAAACUUUGGCACGCCGGGUUCUGGGUUGGGGAGUAUGGCUCCUUCAUCACCAGGCGACUUUGAUAGUGACGAGACUGAGGAUUCUGAUUUGGAUGAUGAGGAUAACGAGCUAGAGGACAGUGAAGAAGGGGAUAGCGAGGGGUUGGAUAGUGAGGAGGACACUGAGCGAGAGGACUCUGAGGGAGAAGACACUGAGCAAGGGGAUAGCGAUGAAGGGGGCAGCGGUGGAGAGCAGUCUUCUGAUGAAGAAGGCUUCUCUGAAGAGGGCGAGAACGACGAAGAUGACGAGGAUACUAAUAUGUAUGGUUGAUACGGUUGAUACCCGAGACUGACACAACAAGUCUCUAGAUAUUUGCUCUCACGAGCUCUUACGAAUACACUUGCAAUUUUUCAGCAGCUAGGGCUUCCAUAACAUACGAAUUUAACGGCUU